AUGGCUCCUGAUAGAGGAGCAACUUCAGCAAAGCGGUCGUCUUCCCGCUCCUGGGAAUCCCUUACACCCCCUCUCUCGGCAUGGAUGCUAGACGCCAUCUCUGCCAUGAACUUUUCCCGCAUGACGCCCGUGCAAGCCUCCGUCAUCCCUCUGUUCAUGGGCCAUAAGGACGUCGUGGUCGAGGCUGUCACUGGAAGUGGAAAGACGCUGGCGUUUCUCAUACCGGUCAUAGAACGGCUCCUCAGGCUGGAGGAGCCGAUCAAGAAACAUCACGUUGGGGCCAUCAUCGUCUCGCCAACCCGAGAAUUGGCUUCACAGAUCUUCAGUGUCUUGGUGUCGUUGCUGGAUUUUCAUCCUCCCUCCGCGGCGGGGCGUAAGGCUUUGGAAGGCUCUGCUGAAGCCGAUACCAACGGCCAGUCUCAGACAUUCCCUUCAUCCACCCUCAAGGUGAUCCCACAGUUGCUCUUGGGCGGUUCCACUACCCCGGCGCAGGAUCUCAGCACAUUCCUCAAGACUUCACCAAAUCUGUUAGUUUCUACUCCCGGCCGGCUCCUCGAGAUAUUGUCCUCGCCCUAUGUCCACUGCCCGCAGUCAUCUUUCGAGGUGUUGGUGUUGGAUGAAGCGGAUCGAUUACUAGAUCUUGGGUUCAAGGACGACCUUACAAAAAUACUCGGUCAUCUGCCAAAGCAAAGGCGAACAGGGUUGUUCAGCGCCAGCGUCACUGAGGCUGUGGACCAGAUCACCCGCGUGGGCCUCCGGAACCCCGUCAAGGUUGCGGUCAAAGUGAAGGGGGCAAAUGGGUUAGAAGACAAGCGGACUCCUGCAAGUUUGAAGAUGACCUACGCAGUCACGCCAGCAUCCCAUAGGUUCCCGGCACUUGCAGCCUUGCUUGUGGGUCUGGAUACAUUGCCAUUGAGGACGAUUGUGUACUUGUCGACCUGUGCUGCAGUGGAUUACUUCCAGGCGCUAUUGCCCUCCAUAUUGCCUUCGGAGCUCAUUCUAGUACCUCUGCAUGGGAAACAUCCGGCCAAUGUGCGUCAGAAGAAUUUCAUCAGAUUCACCAAUUCCGCCUCUCCGGCGCUUCUUCUCACCACGGAUGUUGCCGCACGAGGCUUGGAUAUCCCUUCUGUCGACCUGGUGGUUCAGAUUGAUCCUCCGUCUGACCCUAAAGCGUUUCUUCACCGAUGUGGGCGGGCUGGCCGAGCGGGAAGGAAAGGACUCAGCGUCGCGUUCUUGCUGCCGGGUAGAGAAGAGGACUAUGUCUCCUUCCUGGAAGUCAGGAAAACGCCAAUCGAACUGUUGACGCAGCCUGAUAUCUCAGUGACUGAAGAAGACUGUCGUGCCACCGAGGAAGCGUUCCGAAAGGUUGUGCUUGGCGAUAGACUACUGCAUGAGAAAGCGCAGAAGGCUUUCGUCAGUUGGGUGCGAAGCUAUUCGAAGCACCAAGCGUCAUCCAUUUUCCGAAUUGCUGAUAUUGAUUGGAACGAUCAAGCCACGGCGUGGGCUCUGCUGAAGAUGCCUAAAAUGCCAGAACUGAAGAACUGGGACCGCACCACAUACAAGGUCCCGACGCUGGAUUGGGACUCAUAUGGGUAUAAGGACAAACAACGGGAGAAACAACGUAGGCAGGCUCUGCGGGAAGCUCCUCGUGACCCUCCCGUCGAGGGAAAGAAUGCCAACCCCAACAAACGCGGGAGUACCAUAGCCUGGUCGGAAAAGAUCGAGCGCAGAGAAAACAAGGCGGUGAAACGCUCCAAGAAAGAAGCACGGAGGGAGUUCGAGCGAAUCUCGAACUUGACCGACGCCGAAAGAGAGCGUGAAGCCGAGACGGCAAGAAUGGUUCAACAUAUCAGAGAGCAGGCAUUGGCAGCCGGCAACAACGACGAUCCUUUUGAAGGCUUUGGUUGA